CAGCCACACACACACACGUACACAGUGUGUGUGUGUAUAAUAUAUAUAUAUAUAUAUAUAAAUGAAACACUCAUCUCAUCAUGUCAUGCCUCUGGUCCUUGCCUAUAAAUAUAUAUAUAAUAAUAUAUAAUCACACAGUAAUAUAUAAGUCUCGCCCUCAGAUUUUCUUUGCCACCACCAUUUCCAUACUUCCACUCUCCCUUUUUCAUAUCCCCAAACCCUCUUCCUCCCCUUUCUUUUUCUCUCUCUCUCUCUAUACACACAUAAACCACCAGGGCAGGUAUGAGUGGCGCCGACGAGGAGUGGGUCAAAGCCGCCUUGACGGACGACACCAUGGUCGUGGAGCUCCUGGUGCGUCUCCACGCCGCCGCUCCGCCGCCUCUCAAGCCGGCUGCCUUGCCACUGGCGCCGCUGUCGUGGAGCGGUGCCCCCUCCCUCGGCGGCGGCUCCGGUGGAUCUGGUGGAGCCGCCGGCGGGGGUUCCGAAGAGUCUAGUCGGCCUCCUAUCCAGAAGCUCUCCGACGCAACAAGAUCUAAGGUUAAUGGCGAUAGUGAAAAGACCGCCUCUAAGAGAUCAAGAAAGAAGAAGACCUUAGCAGAACUGAAGGACGAGGAGACUUCACUGCUAAGGGAAAGAAGAGAGUUGAAAAGGGAAAUGGCUGCCUUACGUGUGAAUUUGGAGAAACAAAGGGCUGCAAAUGAAAACUUGAAGAGAAUGAAGAUUGAAUUGCAACCAAUCCCGGAUCGAGAAAUACCAUCCACAACUGAGGCAUCAAUGUCCGAUCAACUUCAACAAAAGACAACACCUUGUCAUCCUAUUCCUCCGAUCUUGCCACCUCUUGUAUCAGAAAAUAACGUCAAACUAGAACCCUCGUCAUCAAAUGGCUGUCCUGAACCGAGCACAGAUGCUGCAUCCGACUCUAAGUUCGUGCUUCCUGAUCUAAACAUUCCAUUCGGUGAGGAUGCUCCCUGUUCUGAUGUAACUUGUGGAGUCAGCUAGAGCUAGACGACCAAGCAUGAACCAGUGAGGCCCUGUUCUCCACCUAAGCCGGAACAAACAUAACAGAUGACACCUAUACGAAAUAAGGCUAACCUUGGUUUAGGAUCAAAUGUACUGUAACUAUAUGACAGAACCAAUUUACCUAACACACAUGGACGGAUAAACAAUGAAGUGUCUUGUAGUAGUGAAGGUACUGCUGGUAGUUAGGGUAUAUUCUUUUUGUUUACUUGAUGAAUGGAAGUGCUGAGAGUUAGUUUAGAUAUUCUAACUCAUCUGAUGCAGCCACAUUCUUUUCUAUUCUUCUCACUGUUAUACUUGUUUCUACAGUCCUGUCUUUGUCCCUUUCGGGAAAUAUCUAGAGAUGCAACAUGUAAACGAUGUUAUUGUAAGAAUUAGAUACACAUAUGGAAUUAAUCACUUUUGUUGUC